AUGUUGGAUUCAGAUAAUGAUGGUGGUAAUCAAAGCGAUAACAAUAUGGAUCAACUUAUUCGCGAUUUUGAAAAUUCAAAUAGGCCAAAACGUAGUAAAAUGAAAAAAACAAAUAAAUCCGGUGGUUUUCAAUCGAUGGGUAAAACACAUGAUUUUUGUCUAUCGUAUACUGUUUUAAAAGGCGUAUUAAAACGUGGUUAUAAAGUUCCAACUCCAAUUCAAAGAAAGGCCAUUCCGAUGAUAUUGAAAGGAAAAGACAUUGUAGCUAUGGCACGGACUGGAAGUGGAAAAACGGCGACAUUUUUGAUUCCUAUGUUUGAAAAACUAAAAGGACACGAUCCAAGUUCGGGAGCAAGAGCACUUAUAUUAUCACCAACUCGAGAACUUGCUCUUCAAACAUUAAAAUUCACAAAACAGCUAAGUUGUUUUACAGAUUUAAUAGCAACAGCAGUCCUCGGUGGUGAAAAAAUUGAAGAACAAUUUAGUAAUUUACAUGCUCAUCCAGACAUAAUCAUAGCCACGCCUGGUCGAUUUAUGCACAUCUGCAUUGAAAUGAAUUUGAAAUUGAAUGAUGUCAAAUAUCUUGUUUUUGAUGAAGCUGAUAGAUUAUUUGAAAUGGGUUUUCAGGAACAAUUACGUGAUAUUAUUAAACGUAUACCAGAACAACGUCAAACAUUAUUAUUUUCAGCAACAUUAUCAAAAAUUCUAGCUGAAUUUGCUAAAGCUGGUUUAUAUCAACCAGAAUUAAUACGUCUAGAUGUCGAAAUGAAACUAAAUGAUAAUUUAACACUAGCAUUCUUCCAUUUGAGACAUGAUGAUAAAACAGCAUUAUUACUCUAUCUACUACGUUCUAUAAUUCCGCGUGAACAACAAGUUGUUGUUUUUGUAGCAACAAGACAUCACUGUGAAUAUUUAAAAGAAUUAUUAGAGCAACAACAACAAACAGAAUUAUUUUCAUGUGUCACAAUUUAUAGCACAUUGGAUCAUGAAUUGCGAAAAAUAAAUAUUUCAAAAUAUCAAGAAGGAAGAACACGUGUGAUGGUCGUAACAGAUAUAGCAGCACGUGGGCUGGAUAUUCCAUGUUUAGAUAAUGUUGUUAAUUAUCAUUUUCCAUCAACGGCAAAAUUAUUUGUCCAUCGGGUUGGUCGUGUUGCUCGUGCUGGAAGAUUUGGUACAGCUUACUCUUUUGUAUCAACUGAUGAACUUUCUUAUUUAUUUGAUCUACAAAGUUUCAUUGGAAAAUCGUUACAUAUUACUCAAGAUACAGAUGAUGUCAACGGAGAUUGGCAUCUUGUAUUUGGAAAUGUACCACAGACAAUUAUCGAUGAAGAACUAGAAACAAUCAAAAGACUUUCGGAAACAUCUGUGGAUCUUAUGAAUUUGUUUAAAGUACAACAAAAUGCCUAUCAACAUUAUAUACGUUCGAGACCAGUAUCAUCGACUGAAUCGAUCAAACAACUUAGAGAAUUUAAUGCUAAAUUAUUAACAAUGGCUAUUCAUCCAAUUUUUCGUCAGUCUGGUUUUACUGAUCAAAUAAAUCCAAACACGCUCGCUGCUCAACUGAAACAUUUUCGCGCGAAAAAUACGAUAUUUGAAGUGAAUCCGUCACCGGGCAAUACUGCAUGUGCAGUAAUGAAACGAAAGCGUUUGCGUGAUGAGAAACGAAUUUUAAAACAUGAUCAACAAUUGGCAGACAAAACUAAUGAGAAUAUACAAAAGAAUGACGAAAAUGAAACUAGUAAAACCGUUCAAGUUCGUAUUUAUUUUCUCGAGAUUAACAAACGUUUGGAAAUACAAUCGUUUGAGCGACAAGCCAAUCAAGUUGUGAUGGAUAUUAAUAACGAUGACGGAGUUGAAAUUCGUCACCAAAUGCAAAAAACAAAAUGGGAUAGGAAAAAGAAAAAAUUUGUGAAUGUUGUUGACAGUGAAACAAAAGGAAAAAAAAUCAAAACAGAAAGUGGUCAAUGGAUCCGUGCAUCAUAUAAAUCAGAUGUCUAUAAAAAAUGGCUGGAUAAAUCGAAAUUCAUUGAUAAAGAUGGGAAUCAGAAUGAUAAAAAUCAUUCAGAUAAAAAUCAUAGAAAUAGACAACAACGUCCAUUCAGUCAAAAUCGACAUGAGGAAUCAACAGCUGAAGCUAAACCUCGCCAAUUUCAACAACGUGUAAAACAAUUGAUGAAUAAACAAAAAGGAGAAAACGGAAAGGAACAAAAGUAUCCUCGUCGAUCUGAAUUGAAACGUCCAGACCAAAUUCUAAAAAAACGUAACGAGAAACGUAAGAAAGAUUCAUUACAACGUGCACGUCAAAUGAAAAAGGCUGGACGUACGAAUUAUAAAAACAAGAAACGUGGAGGAGCAACCAAAGGAGCAACCAAAGGAGGUGGAAAUAUGAAAAUGAAAAGGACCAAACAACGCUAG